AUGACCAUGCUGUCCUAUGCUAUUUUGCUGCUUUUUGCACUUCUAUCCGUGCUUAAAGCACAAAGAAAUUCUUCGAACCUGAUCAUAAUUCCAGUUUCACAACGGACUACACAAUAUCCGUCAUUGGGCUUUAUUCAAGGGCAACAUUUUUAUACAAAAUACCAGGAUAUAUGGAAAGUUCAAGUCAGCUCCGCAUCGUCAACUUUCAUUAAAAUUCCCGGUUUAACAUUUGUCUUCAGUCACGCAAAACCGUUACUCUAUGAAGUUGACUAUUACGGUAAUUUCAUAAAUGAGCAAGGCAUAGCACACACAUUUGUUAAAGUGAUGGUUGAUGGCUCAAUUUUUACAGCUAAUCGCUUGCUGCCAAACAAUGACAGACGUGCCACUGCUGAUCCAGCGCUAGGAAGCAAUCUAUUAGCUGUCGAUCGCUAUGGUGCAUCUCUCGUUUACAGUGUAGCGCCAUCCUCUUCAUUUACAUUUGUAAAAUCUGAACGACUGUAUUUGCCAGCCGGAGUACACUUGAUUGAAAUUGGCGUACGUACAGACAAACCAACAUGCAACGUAUACGAUGGUGUCCUAGACAUUAAAUUGACGGAAUUCGAUACUGAUGCUAAUGUUCUGGGUCUGAAAUAUCCAGUGUCUAUAAACUGA